GCCAAUAGGCAGUGAGCAAUCGGCCGCUCCAUUUUUUUCAUUCCGUCUCUUUUCUACUUUUUUUUCUCUGCACAAAGAACGAAAGAGACAGGCCAUGGAAUCAACCGAAUUUGAACUGUUUCCAAUUCUCUGAUUCUCAACCUAAAUCUUUCAUCAAUCUCGGUAACUCUUUGUCUCUCUCUUUGCUCUUGAUUCGUUUCCCAGAAAGCGGGAGACCCAUAAAGUUCACAAUUCAUCUUUAUAUCAACCUUACUCAGAAACCCCAUUGUUUCGUAUUCUACUGAAACUACCGCAAUUCUUUUCGCUAAGAAUUAUCUGAUUCCAUCUGCUUCAUUUUCAUUUCUGAUGGAGACUGAAUUCCAAGUUGUCAAUGAUAUUCACUUCUUUCCUGCUUCUUCUACAUUUUAACCGUAUUUGAUAGUGGUAGAGUAAAUUAGAGGGGGGGCGGGGAUUUUCUUCAGCGAUGGGAUUAUGGCUGUUAGCUUCAACUGGGCCACCAAUUAAACGACGAGCGGGUCUGAGAAUAAAACAGGCAGGUCGGGGUUCUUAUAUCGGCAGCUAGUGAAGCCUUUUGUUUUUUUUCCCCCUCUCAUCGAGUAAUCUAUACUUCGUUAGUUUCGAAUUUGUUCUACUUAUUUGUAAAUCGUUCAAGCGAAGAAUGGAAACUUUGUCUCUCAAUCAUCUCUUGAAAAGUCUUUGCACUCAUUCACAAUGGAUUUAUGCUGUCUUUUGGAAGAUUAAGUAUCAAACUCCACCGAUAUUGACUUGGGAAGAUGGGUAUUGCAACUAUCCAAAAGUGGAAAAACAUACGGGAAACAUGGAGUAUAGAAUGAUAAGAGGAUUCGAUCAUGUUACUUCAUACUAUGGAACAAAUAUUUAUGAUGGCGAUUCUGGAAGUUGUUCAGUUGAACCAGCAGUGGCUGAUAUGUUUUGCCUUCAAUAUGCACUGGGAGAAGGGACUGUGGGAAGCGCGGCAAGUUCUGGAAAUCAUAGUUGGGUUUUCCUUGAAGAUAUUUUUACUAGCAAUUUAUCAUCUGCUUCUAUUUAUGAGGGUCCUACUGAAUGGAUAAUUCAAUAUGCAUCUGGUAUCAAGACUAUUCUAUUGGUGCCCCUUCUUCCUUUUGGAGUGCUGCAGCUUGGCUCUUUGCAAAUGGUUACCGAAAAUUUAUCAGUGGUUGCUUAUAUCAAAGACAGAUUCAAUGACAUUAACUUUGUCGAUGGAGCCUGUGCAUCAGUUGUACCUAGGCCCUUUGAGAGCUUGGAUGAGCAAACAAACUUUACCACGUAUAUGCUGGAAGCUGAAAAUCAUGGGGCUAUUCAUGAUAUUAAGCCACCAGUGUCGACUCUUAAUCAGUGUGCCAUUCAAGAUGUGCUGACCGUAUCUAGAAGAAUUAGGCCCGAGACUGUUCACUGUGAAAAAGGACAUAAAAAUGACAUUCAAAGGACUAAUAUGGAAGAACUAUUUGCUCCACUUUAUCAAUCUGUUAGUACUGGAGAAGUGGAAUUUUCCGAUUUUAUUUCUCUGGAAUCAUUGCUUCCUCUUGGCAGUCAGUUGAGAAACCAUGAGACUGGAUUGUUUGAGAGUAACCCCCACGUUUUCCACUCUAAUUCUGUGGACAAUGUAGUUGAACAACAAUCUGGACAUAAUCUUGUGACUAAGAAAGAAUAUGGCAUUGCAGACAAUUUCUUUAGCUUUCCUGAAGACUGUGAACUACAGAAAGCACUUGGACCAGUUCUUCUCGCACAGAAACCUACUAAUGAGUUUUCGUACGAUCCAUCUAGUACAAUCAGAGACACAACCUCAAGUCUGUUUUGCAGUCGAGAUUUCAAGGAAGGUGAUAUCGAGUAUCUCCUAGAAGCUAUGAUAACUGCAGAGGAUAUUUCAGAUGAUGCCUUUUCGAAUAACACAAUCAAUGCCAGAAUUGCCGACUUGGUAGCAAAACCGCGUCUUUCUACUAACACAUGUCAAUCUGAAUCAAGCACAAUAGUGGUGGAUGAUUUAGCCCUUUGGAAUAUUCCUGAAUCCACAACGACUGCAACAGGCAGGAAGAAUUUAACUAGUUUGUCUAAAUCAAAUUCUCUAGUUGUUAACGAGCGGGAAGAACAUGACCGUGACAUGGCUCAGCAUAGGAAAGGGAUGAAACGUUCUAAUUCAAGCCGAAAGAUCAAAGUUACGUCUAAUACAAGACAAAGACCGAGGGAUAGACAAUUGAUCCAGGAUCGUAUCAAAGAGUUACGACAAAUUGUCCCAAAUGGUGGUAAGUGUAGCAUUGACGGUCUCUUAGAGAAAACCAUAAAGCACAUGCUAUACUUACAACGAGUAACUGACCAAGCCGAGAAACUAAAGCAACUAGCCCAACAAGAGGAUUUUGAUUCUGAGAAUUGCACUGAUCUUGAAAACGAGGGUGUUCAACCAAAUGGGACUAGUUGGACCUGGGCGUUUGAUAUUGGGAGUGAGCUUCAAGUUUGCCCCAUAGUUGUAGAGGAUCUGGAAUACCAGGGACACAUACUUAUAAAGAUGCUAUGCAACGACAUGGGACUGUUCUUAGAGAUCACUCAAAUAAUUCGAGGUUUGGAUUUAACAAUAUUGAAGGGUGUGAUCGAACGCCAUUCAAACAACUCGUGGGCUUAUUUCAUCGUCGAGGCUCCAAGGGGCUUUCACAGAAUGGAUGUUUUCUGGCCUCUAAUGCAUCUUCUCCAGCGCAAAAGAAAUCCUAUUUCAUGCAGGAUCUGAGCCACAUCUUCCACAGCAAGCAGAUAUGACGAUGAAGUUCAUCAAGUGUGAAACAUCUAUUGUUCUAGUAACGUUUUCUUGUCAAUUAGAAUUUGAUCAAUAUGAAAAGACUUGAAACACGAACACCUACAUGUAUCAUUACUGAUGUAUAUACUUCAAUAUUACACAUAUAAAAAUUUCAUCUUUUAUGA